AUGCCCAAGCAAGUUCUCUGCCCUAAGCCAGUUCGAGACGCACUUUUUGCGUGUUUCCGCGCGCUCACUCGUCUUGUCCACCCUGAGCAGCGUCUUCAGCUAGUUCUAAAGUCCGAGGACCUCGAUGUUGUUUCUGCCCCAAGUAUUAUAGCCACAAUACUGGAGUCUGUCAUGGCUGGCACUGCUAGCUUUGGUGUCGAAGCGGACGGCAAGAUUUCGUUUGAUGCGGCACAAGGCUUAAAGGUCCAUGUCGACUUCAUCUCGCUCGGUGACGAAAGUGUUAUCGAACAUAUUUACGAGACGGAAGCAUUCUACGAAAGGUCUGUCGCAUCCUUGCCCGACCUCCUGAGAGGCGCAAGCCGAGCUGUGUUUGCCUGUGUUGGGCCGACUGGCUAUAGUGGCUGUUCUAUGCGAUAA